AUGGGAGGCAAGGCCUUCACGGCUGGUCCAGACCCCCUCUACACACCCCGGAUGCCGGAGCCUGUCUAUGCCGAGCAAAAGUCCCGGUGCCAUGAUAUCCUACGAGGAUAUUUUGAUGUCGUCGACUCGCCCAUCGAUGGACCCGACAAGGAGGAUUUCGGCGAUAUCGACGUCCUCGUGUGCGGGCCGAAGAACACCAAAGAAUCUAGACAAGAGCUUUUCGAAGCCGUCAGCAAGUCUCUCGGAGCCGUCAAGGUAAUCAUUGUUGCUGGUCAAAUCCAACUGGCCGUCCCCUGGCCGUCCCACCGCAAGGAUGAGGACAGCGCCUGGUUCAUUCAGAUCGACGUACAGGUCUGUGCCGACCGAGAGUCCAUGAAGUGGAUGCUCUUCAAGCAUUCUCAUGGGGAUAUCUGGAGUAUGAUCGGAUCCAUGAUCAGACCGUACGGACUUACCGUCGACGACCACACCUUGUCGGUACGUAUUCCGGAAAUCGAGGAGGGGAGCCGGAAGCUCUCCAAGGUGCCUCUGACCUCUGAACCCGACGAGGUCCUCGAAUUCCUGAACCUUUCUCCUCUCGAAUACUGGAAAGGCCCAUUCAAGAGCUUUGACGCCAUGGCCGAGUACGUUACUAGCUGCCCCAUGUUCUGGGUCUCUCCGGACAGUGAGAGCGGCUCAACCCUCGAUGUCGGUACUGAUGGGAUCGAGAGCACGGGAGGGGGCACUGGAGAGAUCGAAAAGGCCGGGGGGGCCGGGGAGGCAGUCGCGGGCCCCUGGAGCCCCGGAAACGCACACCUCAAGUCCAACGAACACCGCCGCAUGAAUCAGCGACCCUCGUUCCGCCGAUGGGUCGACGAGUUCCGGCCACAGUGCCGUCGUUCAGGGCGUUUCAUUCAGGAGAGGACGACUCGGGAAAAGGUCACAGACGAAGCCCUGGCUACGUUUGGGGCGGCGGACCGGUACUACGACAAGCUCCACAGCUUUCGCCUACAGGAACAGAAGGACUUGAUAUGGAACGGCAUCAUCAAGAAGGCCAUUCCUGCGCCCGAGGACAAGUCGGAUCACUACGCCCUGCAACGUCGUGGAAUCGCCAUCAAGGCCCUCCGUCGCAUUAUUGCUGAUGACAGCCUAGACUACGGGAUCUCCCGGCCGGCUGACGUGGUCGAUGAGAAUGGGCUCUUUGUCAUCUACAAGGUCAAGGAGUUCAUCGAGAAGAUCAAGGAAGAUGUUCUCGAGGCUGCCGAGGAGAGGCAUCGGAAGUCGUACAUGGAGAAGGCCAAGAAGGAGGCCCCGCAGGAGGAAUGA